GUCGGCGUGGCUUCGUGUGGCAGCGGCGGCGGCGGCGGCGGCGCAGAGGAGCGGAGCGCAGCGCAGCGGGAGGUCGAACCCCGUCACGUGUUGCAUAAAUGAGGUUCGGGGGGGGAGACGUCCGCCGCUCGGCCCCACUGUGUUCGCUGUGAGCCAGCGUGCUGCGGCAGUGUGUCUGCGACCAGCCACACGGGGUGGAUGCCGAUCCGCCGAUAGCGGCCAGUGGAAGAGAGCAGCUGCAAAGUUUUCACGGGCGCAACUUUGCCAGAUUUUUUUUUUAUUAUUGGGGCGCGAGCGAAUUAGGUCCAACGAGGGGACUGUCUCCAGAACCCGGAGCGCACGAGAGCGGUUCUUUCGGGUCCUGAGAUGGACGGAACUUUAACUCUGGACUUUGUGUUGAAGGAGUACUGAGGAGGUCUCUGCACCUUGGAGCUCGGCUUGUUUUCUCUGAAACCCGGCGGAAGAACAAAUGAGUGUUUAAAAAGGAGCCAAGAUGAAGACGGCUGCCAAGGGUUUGGGGAAGUCUGCGAUGGAUCUUUCGCACCGUGGAGGUUGGUGGAACAGAAGCACAGCGCUGAUGCUCUACGUGGUCCUGGAGCUUGUAACCCUCCAUUCGCCGGCGGUCCUGGGGACCCUCGAACUGCAGCUGGAUGAGGAGCAGCCAGCGGGCACAAUUGUGGGUGACAUCAGCGCGGGGCUUCCCCCGGGCAUCACCGCAUCCCUGUACUUCAUAUCCGACCACGAGGGCACGGGCGUGAGCACGGAUUUGGACAUAGACGAGAGCACAGGCAUUAUUAAAACGGCCAAGGUUCUCGACAGGGAGCUGAGGGAUAAGUACAACUUCAUCGCCGUCACCAUGACGGGUGUAACCGUGGAGGUCACCAUCAGGGUCAACGACAUAAACGACCAUGCCCCGACGUUUCCACGGAAACGGAGCCUGUUCAAAAUCCCUGAGCAGACCGCCAUCGGCACCAGGUUCCCACUGGAGCCAGCCGUGGACGCUGACAAGGGACAGCUGGCAACACAGGGCUACCUGAUUAAGGACGGGAACGUUGGCCAGGCCUUCAGCUUGGAGACCCGGAGGGGAACCAACGAGGUUCUCUAUCUGGACCUGGUGGUCAAUGCCGUCCUGGACCGCGAGAAACGAUCCACCUAUAUGUUGUCUUUAGAGGCCUUUGACGGCGGUUCCCCUAAACGGACCGACCAGAUGACCUUAGAUAUCACCGUGCAAGACAUCAACGACAACGCUCCUGUGUUCAACCAGAGCCGCUACCACGCCAUAAUUUCUGAGAACCUCCAACCAGGCAGCAACAUCCUGCAGGUGUUUGCCACAGACGCCGAUGAGGGCGACAACGGGAUGGUGCUGUACGAGAUCAACAGGAGGCAGAGCGACCCGGACCGCUACUUCGUCGUCGACUCCCGCACCGGCGUCAUCACGCUCAACAAGCCGCUGGACUUUGAAAUGAGGAGGGUUCACGAACUGGUGGUGCAGGCGCAGGACAACGCGACCCAGCCAGAGGUGACCAACGCCUUCGUCACCAUCCACGUCAGAGACUACAACGACAACCAGCCCACCAUGACCAUCAUCUUCCUCAGUGAGGAUGGCUCCCCUAGGAUUUCCGAGGGCACGCAGCCGGGCCAGUAUGUAGCCAGGAUCUCAGUCACGGACCCAGACUACGGAGAGUAUGCAAACGUCAACGUGUCUCUGGAGGGAGGAGAUGGGAAAUUCGCCCUGACCACGAAGGACAGCAUCAUCUAUCUGAUUUGUGUGGACCAGAUUUUGGACCGGGAGGAAAGAGACAGCUACGAGCUGAGGGUGAUGGCGACAGACUCAGGGACGCCACCUCUCAGGGCAGAGUCGUCCUUCGUGAUCCAGGUGACGGACGUGAAUGACAACCCUCCUCUGUUUGACCAGACCGUGUACAGACAGGUCAUCCCUGAAGUGGUGUUUCCAGGGAGCUUCGUGUUACAGGUGACAGCCAGAGAUAAAGACCAGGGGCCCAAUGGGGAUAUUAGCUACAGCAUCCUGCAAGGUGCCUACUCCAAGUGGUUCACUAUAGACUCGGGCACGGGGAUUAUCACCACGCUUUCCCAGCUGGAUUACGAAAUGAACCCGAAUCCCAGUAUAACUGUGGUGGCCACAGAUGGAGGGAGACCACCCCUGUCCUCAACCGCCGUGGUGAAUGUCAUGCUCCAGGAUGUAAACGACAACGAGCCGGUUUUUGAGAGAAACCUCUACAACGUGUCCGUCAAGGAGAACACAGCCCCAGGAACCUGCAUCCUGGAGGUGGCUGCGACAGAUGCAGAUGGAGGCUCCUUUGGCUCCAUUACCUACUCCCUGGGCUCCGGCGUCAACAACGCUGCUCCCUCUCACUUCACCAUUGGCAAGGAGACUGGCCAGAUCUGCACCAGUGGCGCUCUAGACCGGGAUCAAGGCGCAGCCAGCUUCGACUUCACCGUCACUGCCGUGGAUGGGGGUGGACUGAGCUCUGUAGCCUAUGUGAAGGUAGAUCUCGUUGACGUUAAUGAUAACAGACCUGCCUUCUACCCGGUCAGCUACGCUGUCAGUCUGAGCACGCAGAGCGCUCCUGGGACGUCCGUUGUCAGAGUGACGGCCUAUGACCCAGACUCAGGCGAGAACGGCAGAAUUACAUAUAAGACGGUCCCCGGAGGAGCCUCUCCAUACUUCACUCUCAACAAAGACACAGGUGUGAUUUCCCUCUCCCGCUCUGUGUACGGGAAGGCCAACUCCAUCAUCCCCAUGGUGAUCUCUGCCCAGGAUGGAGGUGGCCUGGUGGCUCUGGUCAAUGCCAGAGUCAACAUCAGCGUGGUGGCCGGGCUGGUGGCCCCGCCGGUCUUUGAACAAACACAGUACUACUUCACUGUAUCGGAGGACGCGCUGCGAGGGACGGUGGUUGGCGUCGUCCAGGCCAGCAGUAAGACAGGCACGUCAAAAGCUAUUUCUUACACCAUUAGCUCCGGGGACCCCGGGGGCUACUUCACAGUGGAUCCGGACUCCGGGGCCCUCAGAACCAGCCUGCCUCUGGAUCACGAAACCGUGUCGGUCCUGGAUUUGGAGGUUCAGGCCCACAGUGGCAACCCUCCCGCCUUUGGUCAGACCCGUGUCCAUGUCACCAUCACGGACAUCAAUGAUAACCCGCCUGUUUUUUUGCCCUCGUCCUCCGAGUCCUUGCUGCUGCCAGAGCACACAGAAAUGGGAGCUGUCGUGUAUCGGGUCCAAGCUGAGGACCGAGACUCUGGAGUCAAUGGACAACUCACAUUUGACCUUUAUUCUCCAAGCGGAAACCAGAGGACCUUCAGCAUGGAGCGUAGCAGUGGAGAGAUCCGUUUGGUGGGGGGCCUCAGCUACGAGAAUACCCCACGCUACGACCUCCAGGUGGUCGCCAAGGACAGCGGCGUGCCCCAGCUGAGCGCCACCAUCAUGCUGGUGGUUCAUGUCCAGGCAGAGAAUGACCAGGGUCCCGUGUUUGACACCCUCACCUACCGGGUGGAACUGAAGGAAGGCACUUUGAUAAACACACGCUUCCUGCAAGUCAGAGCUCUGAGCAGAGAAGCCCCCGGCGCCGGUCACUCCAGCCCGAUGGCGUAUCACCUGCGUCCAGAUGGAGACGCUGCCGGCUUUGGAGUCGCUGCUGACAGCGGUUGGCUUUUUGUGAAGAGCGCCCUAGACAGAGAAGUCAAGGACAUGUAUCUGCUCACAGUCCUGGCCAGCGCCGGUCACGGGCAGCUGAAGAAGACGGGCAGCGCCACCGUACGGAUAUCGGUGACCGACGAGAACGACAACUCCCCUCGGCUCACGCAGGAGAGACUCUUCAUGGCUGUGAGAGAGAAUCUGCCCGCCGGGACGGGGUUCGGCCACGUGUCGGCUGCAGACCGAGACAGCGGCCCCAACGGACGCCUCAGCUACCGGUUCCUGCACCCCGAUCGCCACUUCCAGAUAAACUCCCACUCAGGUGAGAUCAGCACGCGGGGCACUCUGGAUCGGGAGCAGCAGUCGAGCUACCAGCUGCUGGUGCUUGUGCAGGACGGAGGGUCGCCGCCUCGAAGCGCCACAGGCUCAGUCUUCAUCACUGUCCUGGAUGACAACGACAACGACCCCGCUUUCACACAGAGCCAGUCAGGCAAAAGCCUCAUCAUACAGGUGACAGAAGGUCAGGCCUCAGGGGUGUUACUGAGCACAGUACAAGCCAGAGACCCCGAUGAGGGGGAGAACGGCACAGUGUUCUACUCGUUGUCAGGUCCCAGAGCCGAGCGCUUCUCUUUGAACCCGAACACCGGCGAGCUGCGUUCAUCAUCCCCCCUCAGCCGGUCGGAGCGGGCCGAGUACGCGCUGACGGUGACAGCUACUGACAAAGGACUGCCCCCUCGAAGCGCCUCCUGCUCCCUCACCAUUCAGAUUCUUAGCAUUAACAGACCUACGUCGAAGACUAAUUCAGUCUCCAUAACCAUCAACUCUGUGGAGGAGGCCAAGCCCGGUUCUGUGCUUGGCUCGGUCCGCCUUCAUGACAGAGAAACCCCACAAGGAGAGGAGGUGACCUACACAGUGGUAGGAGACACGGACCGCGAUGGGACCUUUGUUGUGGACCGUCUGACUGGGGACGUGUUCCUGGCUCGACCUCUCGACUAUGAACGAGAAGCGCGUUACACCCUGGAGAUAGAGGUGGACGACCUCUCCCACAACCCUCCACGCAGCACCCUGGUUCACCUGGACAUCGAUGUGGAGGACAGCAACGACCAUGCGCCUCAGUUCCCCGAGGACCCCGUCACCAUCGUCAUCUCUGAGAGCAUCGAGUCAGGCUCCUCUAUUUAUACCUUCCAGGCCGUAGAUAAGGACGGCAGCGGGCCCAACAGUGAGCUGACCUACUCCAUCCUCCAACAGUGGCCCAACACCCCCGGCCUGCUGACCCUGGACCCCUCCACUGGAGUUCUUUCCUUGGGCCAGGAGCUGGACCACGAGGUCACCUCUAACCUGUUACUGGUUAUAAAGGCUACAGAUUCAGCUCUGGAUGCUGGUGAGAGACGCUGGGGGUCCGUGACGGCCAGGGUGUACGUAACCGACGAGAACGACAACCCGCCGGUGUUCAGCUCGCCCACCGCCGUCAGCGUGAUGGAGGACCAGCCCGUGGGCUACGUGGUGUUGUACGUCAUGGCCAGGGACGCAGACCACGGGGAGAACGCCAGGGUGACCUACAGCAUCCAGUCAGGCAACAGCGGAGGAGCGUUCAACCUCAACCCCAACACUGGCUCUCUGUCUAUUUUCAAGCCCUUGGACCGCGAGGAGCAGGACGUCUUUAACCUCACAAUAAUUGCUGAGGAUCACGGGAUACCUCAGCAUUCAUCAAGCCAGCUGCUGUGUGUCCAUGUGAUUGAUGUUAAUGACGAGGUGCCCUGGUUUGAGGAGAGCCAGUACGACGCCCAGGUCCCUGAGAACCAGCCUGCAGGAACCAGUGUGCUGACAGUAUCUGCCUCGGAUCUAGACCAAGGGAGCAAUGGCCAGGUGACCUAUGGCGGCAUCACAGAAAAAGGUUUCAGCAUCGACCCAGUAACAGGGGUCAUAACAACCACCAAGCCGCUGGACCGGGAGCUUCACGAGUUCUACACUGUUACAGUUUAUGCAAAAGAUAGUGGUCUUCCACCCAACUAUGCCAAAGCAACAGUGAGCAUCAGGGUGCUGGAUGAGAAUGACAAUCCUCCUGUCUUUGGACGUCUCUACUAUAGCAUAGAGGUGCCUGAAAACCUGGAGGCUCUGCCUUUGUUCACUCUCAGAGCAACUGACCCAGAUGCAGGAGACAGUGGGGAUAUGGUAUAUAGAAUCACAGCUGGAGAUGCGUCUGGAGACUUCCACUUGGGGAGACAGUCAGGUGUGCUGUCCACGUCGAGGCCGCUGGAUCGGGAGAGGAGAUCUGGGUACCAGCUCACAGUCACGGCUCAGGACCAGGGCCAACCGCGCCUCAGCGCCACCGCCACCGUGGAGGUGACCGUUCUGGAUAUUAACGACCACAGCCCCCAGUUUCAGAGCAGCAGCUACACUGCCGACAUUUCAGAAGACGUGCCCAUUGGCUCACUGGUCCUAGAGGUGAAAGCCACUGACCUGGACCAUGGUCCCAACAGCCAAGUGAUGUACUUCCUCAGCCGUGGCACCAAGAGCAUGUUUAUAAUAGACGAAAACACGGGACGCAUUAUCACGGCAGCACCUCUAGACAGAGAAAGAACUUCCUCUUACACCUUUGAGGUGUGUGCCACUGACUCCUCCCCCGCCAGCCCACGGAACUCCACAGCUCAGGUGACUGUCUACAUUCAGGACGUGAAUGACAACGCCCCCUACUUCAUUCAGGACCCGCUUAUUGUGAACGUCUCUGCUGGCAGCGUGUCCAGCCGUCGAGUGCUGGCCACCAUGAGGGCAGAGGACAAAGACUUUGGUGCGAAUGGCUCCGUUUUCUACCGCUUUGCCAACCCGGCGAGGGGCUUCACCAUUAACUCGCUGACGGGGGACAUCCAGGCCACAGAGAAGCUGGAGACUCUCACACAAAGUCAGAGGAUUUUGAUAGUUCAGGCCAUGGACCAGGGCAACCCCACUCAGUCGUCUCUGGGGGUGGUCAUCAUUUACAUCAGAGAACAGCUCUACAGUGGGAUUCGCUUCUCACGCACAGCUAGAGAUGUCAGUCUGCAGGAGAACGCUGCUAAAGGCACAAUAGUAACACAGACUCAGGCCCAGUACCCUGAUGGCUCCCGGCUCGGUAUCAGUUACAGUAUUUUCAGUGGAAACAGAAUGCAGUCUUUUGGAAUUAACCCCAUCACAGGUGAAAUAUGGGUCCAGAAAUCUGCAGGGAUAGACUUUGAAGAGACCCCAAAACUCCGCCUUGUGGUGAAAGCUGAGACAGCGGCCUCCAGUUCCUACAUGGCUGUCAACCUGAUCCUGCAGGACGUCAAUGACAACUUGCCUCGGUUCCAGCUGCAGAACUACGUUGCAUACAUCAGAGAGGCACAGGGCUAUGAUUUCCCCAUUAUCCAGGUUGCGGCCGAUGACUUGGACCAGGGUCAGAACGGUCAGCUGACCUACUCUAUAAGGUCAUCGUCCAUGAGUGGCUUGUUUAAGAUAGACCCAUUGACGGGCACUAUCACCACAGCAGCAAUAAUGGACAGAGAGAUCUGGACGCAAACAAAGCUCGUUGUUACGGCAACUGACCGAGGAACCCCGAGGCUAGCUGGCUCUGCCACCCUUACUGUGAUCAUCAUUGACCUCAACGACAACAGUCCCAUGAUUCCGCUGCCUCGGGAGAUCCGUGUGCCUGAGGAUACUCUGAUUGGCACAGUUAUCACCCAGGUAACAGGAAACGACGUGGACUCGGGCCCAGCGCUCUCCUAUACUUUACAUCUGGACCCAAACAACCAAGGCAUGUUUGGCAUUCAUCGUUAUGGAGGAGGGGUGUCUCUCACUGGGCCUCUGGACUAUGAAGAAAGGAUGUGGUACACUCUGACCAUCUGGUCGUCUGACUCCAAACACCAAAGCGAAGCCAACCUCACUGUGCUGGUGGAUGAUGUGAAUGAUAAUGUCCCAGCCUUUACUCAAGACUUGUAUCAGGUGACUGUAUCAGAGCACAUGCCAGCAGGCAGCGCAGUCAUCACAGUAACGGCCACUGACCGGGACUCUGGGGACAAUGGGAAGAUUAUCUAUAGAGUUGUGUCAUCGACGAGGGGCAGUUUUUACAUUGACCCAAGCAACGGUACCCUGUUCGUCAACCAAAAAACAGAGUUCGACUUUGAGAGUCCCUCCAUCAUGGUGAUGAUCGAGGCACGGGACCAGGGCUCUCCGUCUCUCUCAUCCACGGCUGCUGUUCAGGUUCACGUGUCCGACGUCAACAACAACGCUCCGCUCUUCCACCAGUCGGAGUACAGAGCCACGGUGUCUGAGGACGGGCUUCCUGGGUCGACCGUUCUGACCUUAGAGGCUGUAGAUGGAGACUUGUCUCGAGAGAACUGUGGUUUCGAUUUUGCGAUUGCCAGCGGCAACUUGGGUAACGCCUUCCAGAUCGAGAGCAGCGUGCGCUUCUUGGAGGGGCGGGGGUUUCAAACAGUAGGCAGCCUGAUCCUAGUGGAGGAGCUGGACUUCGAAGCCAUGCCGAGUUAUAACCUGACUGUUGUGGUGUCGGAUCGCGGGAUCCCUCAGCGCAGCUCCAGCGUGCCUGUCCUCAUCAGUGUCUCAGACGCCAACGAUAACCCUCCAGCGUUCAGCCGAGCCGAGUACAGUGUGGCGCUGAAUGAGGGUGCGGCAGCAGGGACGGAGAUCUUGCAUCUGUCGGCCACAGAUCCGGACUCCGCUCCAAACGGAGAGGUGCAGUACUCCAUUAGCUCAGGGGAUGAGACGGACCUUUUCCAGGUGGAUCGGUGGACUGGGACCUUGAGGCUGAAGAGACCUCUGGACAGUGAGAGACGAUCAUCUCAUAUAAUUGUUGUCCAGGCGUCAGACGGUGGAGGUCACUAUGCUUUGGCUCCGGUCAACAUCGAUGUGAAGGACAUCAAUGACAACCGGCCAUUCUUUCCCCUUGAUCUAGUAACUGCAAGCAUCAGGGAAAACCAGCCCCAGAAUGCCUUAGUGACAAUGCUGCAUGCGAUCGACCAUGACAGGGGCGUUUAUGGACAGCUCAAGUACUACAUGCUGGACAACUCCAGGGAGGGAAAAGAGGCCUUCCUCAUCAACCGAACGUCAGGAGAAAUACGGACUCGCUCUACGUUUGACUUUGAGAAAGUGCAUCUCUUUCAUUUUUUGGCUGUCGCCAUGGAUUCUGGCAACUAUUCAGCUACUGUAACAGUGCAGGUUUAUGUUACUGGGGAGGAUGAAUAUGAUCCGGUGUUUGCCUCCUCAGAGUUCUCAUUCAAAGUGCCUGAGGGAGCAAAGAAAGGUCAGAUCAUUGGCAAAGUAGAGGCCAUGGAUGAGGACGGAGGAGUUGAUGGCAUUGUUCUUUACUCCCUAGAAGAAAGUUCACCUUAUUUCGAAGUCAAUGAAUCAACAGGAGCCAUUUCCUUAAAGAUGGACAGCCACGCCAGGCACGCGAGCCGCUCCAAGAGAGACGUGCGUCUGAUGACUGUGGAUGUGACGGCUCACAGUCCUCUGGAGACGUCCCGCAGAGCAGCCGCUAAAGUUAUCAUAGACGUGUCCCAUACGUCCUUUGGCCUCACCACCGACAUGAAUAUGCUGCUUAUCAGUGCAAUCGCAGUUGCACUUGGGGCAAUAGUCAUACUCAUAACUAUCGCCGUGGCGCUGUUCUUUGUUAAGUUAAGACGUAGGAAAAAGGAGCACAAAGCGCACGGACGCACACCAGCGUCGGGCACCGUGCUGCACAGGUUUGAGGAAACAAAGAUUGCAGCGAGUGAGAUGAUUUACCACCAGGCCCUUCCUGGAUACACCGCCGAUCAGAGCGGCAGCGGCGGGGGUCCGUACACCCGCGGAGGAUCCCUGGAUCCCUCCCACUCCAGUGGACGCGGCUCUGCAGAGGCGGAGGCGGCGGAGGACGACGAGAUCAGAAUGAUUAAUGAGUACCCGCGAGUGUCCAGCAUCUCCUCCUCCAUGCAGGAGCGCAUCUCUGCCCGGGGUCCAGACUCGGGAAUCCAACAGGAUGCGGACCAGCUGUCGGACGUGUCCUGUGAGCCGUCCAUAGACUGGUUCAAAGGGAAGAAGCUGGGCAGUCUUAAUGGUACUUUAACGGCUGGCCAGGUGCCGGUGUACAGGGACGAGGGGGGUGGGUAUGUGGGGGUGGGCCGAGGACUUAGCAUUUCGCACCCCAAGGACUAUACUUUCCCAGAAGAUGGCAAGCCUGCUGUUGACGGCUCCCUGACAGCCAUCGUGGCCAGUGACGAGGAGCUGAGGGGCAGCUACAACUGGGACUACUUGCUAAACUGGUGUCCCCAGUUCCAGCCCUUAGCCAAUGUCUUUACCGAAAUAGCACGUUUAAAGGACGAAACGGCCCCUCCUCAUCCUCGCAGGUCAUUUCAUAGCAAAGCAAAGGCAGAGUCCAGAAUCGACCCCCCACCUCUCAUAACCUCCGUCGCCCACCCUGGCGCAAAAACUGUACCUCCCAAACCGGCCGUAGGAAGGACGUUCUCCCACUUGGCGUCUCUACGGAGGUCUCCCCUCAGCGCUGAGGGAUCCAUCUCCUCGGUCGCCAUGUCUCCCAGUUUCUCACCCUCUCUGUCACCGCUGGCGGCGCGCUCUCCGGCAGUGACGCCGUUCAGCGUCUCGCAGGGUCCCUCCGCCUCCGUGAUCAGCGCAACUGAGCACAAUUUGGAGCACAGCGAGGAGGCAGAGCUGAGGAUUUAAAGCCUUAAGACUAAUCUUAAGGGUGAAGUAAAGGGUCAUUGCUGUCCCAAAUCCGCUCUACUGUAUGACUACAGCUAUUCUCUUUUAAUUCUCAUUGUCAAGAGGAAAUCGAGGUUGGACUAAGACGGCCAAAUAGCUGAAGAUGUGGUGCUUACUGAAGGAAAAGUUGGACUCAGUGACGAACAGGCCAAAACGAACAAUGCCUUUAGUGAGUGUGUGUGUGUGUGUGUGUGUGUGUUUGUGUGUGUGUGUGUUUGUGUGUGUGUAGAAGGAAACUCAUUCUUCUGUUGAUCAUUGUUAAUUUGCACAUUUGAAUGGGGAUUCAUACAUGAUGUCAAUAUUUUGUACAGACGCAUUGUCUAUAUUUUUAUACUUACACGUGGUUUCUGACAAGAAGUGACAUUGAAUUGUCACAAAGGUUGCUAAAAGCUCAGAAUAUAUUUCUAUAUUUGUAUAUUUGUAGCUUGUACUGUAUAAUUGUUUGAUCUGUAAGCUCUUCUUAUUUCUAGUCAUUCUUAGCGUUGUGGUUCUAAUUUAUCCAUUGGAUUCAUACCUGCAGACUGGAGGAAACACAGUAUAUCUGUAUGUGAUGUCUGAGCAUCAGUCAGAAUAGAAUAUUAUCUGAUCAGGCCUUCUCUAGUUCCAGUGUUUAAUCUCACAUCAAAAGGUAAUCGUGAAUGUGAAAUGCUCGUCAACACGCCUCCAUUCGUUUCCUGCGUUGGAAAGUGGAUCUUGACAUCCAGUGAACCUGCCCUGCUUUAAUGUCUCACAACAAGCCUUACUGCCUGGUCAUUUCACAUAGUGAACCUAUUUACAGUAAACAGCUACUGUGUGUUUGAUGUAGAUAAGUGAUUUAGUUUGCAAGCGUAUUCAAUGCAGAAAUGUAACAGGACCUGUCUAAUCAUCUAAUGCUCAUUAGUGAAAAGAGAUCUCUUAAUUUACUGACAAACUGCAGUGACAGUCAUUUUGGACAUUUUGUUGUAGAAUCCAACAGUAGGGUUAACUGUAAUACUAAUAAAUGUUAAAUGAAGUUCAAAAAGGUGCAUUUUUAUGAAUGUUCACACACCACCAGAGGAAAUGAAUAUCACUUUUAGCCAUAAGUCACAUAAUGCCUACAGUAUAAAUACAUCCAUGGCCAUUUAGUGUGGUUGAGGAAGCCUUUACAAAAACAGCGCUCACUUCGUUAAACAGCUCCCUUGACUUCUGCUUGGGUCUGAUCAGACUCUCUGUUAUCAGGUGUUUUGUUCUCUCUAUGUCUGGUUCUAGACUCAUGACACUACAGUAUUUUAUUUAUUAGACUCCUCGGAAGCAGAGAGACAUGGUAAAUUAUUUACAAGAAUGUUGUUUUGACAACGGCCAAAUAUACAUAAACACUACCUACUUUAUUAUAAUGAAGGUAUUUUUUGCAUUGCUUUGUGUUGAACAGUGUUAUCUGCUAUUUGCAUUUCACACUGGUCCAACCUUUGUGUAUAAUGGUGCCACAGACAAGUGAAACUCCUGCAAAUGCUCACUCAUGUAAUUUUACCCUUGUCUAGAGAAAUGUUUCAAGCAAAGUGCCUGAAUAAAGUACUUAAUGUGAA